AUUCUUACAACAAGCGUAUAAAAUAGAAACUGUUAUUACCCCUAUUUUUCAGGUUAAAAGACAGACUCAGGAGUGAGGUAACUUGUUUAAAAUCACACAGGGCUAGCCAGGAUGCCCAUUGUUGGAGUGCUGGAUAAAAGAAGGAGGCGUUGUGAAUAAAAACCAAAGGAAUUUCAUGUGUAUGGUUUCAGCAGUGGUCUGGUUGCCCUGUGUCAUUGUCCCCAGAGCCUUGAGCAGGGGGCUUCUGUCAAAGGAGGCACUGCUGCCCUAACCAGUUUGGCUCAAUGGAUAGAACGUCGGCCUGCAGACUGAAGGGUGCCAGUCUUGUAGGUGAUGUUCUCCAAGCUCUAAGGAAGAAGUCAAGCAAGGAUUGAGGGGGCCCAGAGAAGAGGCUUUCUUAACUAAAGACAAUGACAAGAGAAAGUUGGGCCCACAAUGCUCUGAGACAAGAGGGUCUUGUUAAGGGGAAGGAUGAUACCUGGAAAUGGGGAACCAGCUUCCAAGGGAGCAGCUCCUCCGUUUGGGAGACCUCCCAUCUGCACUUUAGACAGUUACGGUACCAUGAGACAGCUGGACCCCAGGAGGCGCUGAGCCGGCUCCGGGAGCUCUGUCGCCGUUGGCUGAGGCCAGAAGCACGCACCAAGGCCCAGAUCCUGGAGCUGCUGGUGCUGGAGCAGUUCCUGAGCAUCUUGCCUGGGGAGAUUCGGACCUGGGUGCAGAUCCAGCGCCCUGGGAGUGGUGAGGAGGCCGUGGCCCUCGUAGAAGAGCUGCAGAAAGACCUCGAUGGACCAGCGCUAAAAGUUCCAGUCCUUGUCCAGGACCAGGAGGCCAUGAGCAUGCCAGGAACAGCACAUCCUCAGGCACCCCCGGGGAGUCACAUAUCAGCUGAAAUUUGCCCAAAUCCUCUUACUGAUCCAGCUGUGUUCAACCUUCAGGAUCCUCAACAUGAUUCUCCUGCCCCUGAAGCUUCUGCCCUUUCCCAGGAAGAGAACCCAAGAAAUCAAUUGAUGGCACUCAUGCUCCUAACAGCCCAGCCCCAGGAGUUGGUGAUGUUUGAGGAGGUAUCAGUGUGCUUCACUGCAGAGGAAUGGGCAUGCCUGGGCCCAAUUCAGAGGGCCUUGUACUGGGAUGUGAUGCUGGAGAAUUAUGGAAAUGUGACCUCCCUAGAAUGGGAGACCAUGACUGAGAAUGAGGAGGUAACAGCAAAGUCAAGCAUAUCUCAAAGAGCAGAUUCUCAGAAAGGAACAUCAAAAAGACUUCCAGGAGGUAUUCCCCAGGUCCUUGAUUUUGAGAAAGAGUGUGCAUGGCAAGUUUCGGCAAGACAGUGGGGAAAUGAAUCAAGUGAAAGAGAUACAUCGAAGAAAUGUUCUCUCUAUGAGCGAGACAAGAAGAAAAGGACUCCACCAGGAAAACGAGGCCGGAAGUGGAAGGAAUUUGGAGAAAGCUUGACUUUAGAUUCAGCUCUUUCUGAAAGUUUAAUGGGUACUGAAGGAAAGAAGUUUUAUAAAUGUGACAUGUGUUGUAAACAUUUCAGUAAAAUCUCCCAUCUUAUAAACCACCGGAGAAUCCACACGGGUGAGAAACCUCAUAAAUGUAAGGAGUGUGGAAAAGGCUUUAUUCAGCGUUCAAGCCUUUUAAUGCAUUUACGGAACCAUUCUGGGGAGAAACCUUAUAAGUGUAAUGAAUGUGGGAAAGCCUUCUCUCAAAGUGCUUACCUUCUAAACCAUCAAAGAAUCCACACUGGGGAGAAACCUUAUAAAUGUAAGGAGUGUGGAAAGGGCUUCUAUAGGCACUCGGGCCUUAUUAUACACCUGAGGCGCCACUCUGGGGAGAGACCUUAUAAAUGUAAUGAAUGUGGAAAAGUUUUCUCUCAGAAUGCUUACCUCAUUGACCACCAGAGGCUCCACAAAGGGGAAGAACCUUAUAAAUGUAACAAGUGUCAGAAAGCUUUCAUCCUGAAGAAGAGCCUCAUUUUGCACCAGAGAAUCCACUCUGGGGAAAAACCCUAUAAAUGUGAUGAAUGUGGAAAAACAUUUGCUCAAACCACUUACCUUGUUGACCACCAGCGACUGCACAGUGCAGAGAACCCAUACAAAUGUAAAGAAUGUGGAAAAGUUUUCAUUCGAAGCAAAAGCCUCCUUUUACACCAGAGAGUACACACAGAAAAGAAGACCUUUGGUUGCAAAAAAUGUGGGAAGGUUUUCAAUUCUAAGUCAAACCUCAUUGACCAUAAGAGGAUGCAUAGCAGAGAGAAGCCUUAUAAAUGUACAGACUGUGGGAAAGCCUUCACUCAGAGUGCUUACCUUUUUGACCACCAGAGACUCCACAAUGGGGAGAAGCCCUAUGAAUGUAAUGAAUGUGGGAAAGUUUUCAUUCUAAAGAAAAGCCUCAUUUUACAUCAGAGGUUCCACACUGGAGAGAAUCUCUAUGAAUGUAAAGAUUGUGGCAAGGUCUUUGGUUCUAACAGAAACCUGAUUGACCACGAGAGACUCCACAGUGGGGAGAAGCCCUAUGAAUGUCGAGAGUGUGGGAAAACCUUCAUUAUGAGCAAGAGUUUCAUGGUCCAUCAGAAACUUCAUACACAGGAAAAAGCCUACAAAUGUGAGGAUUGUGGGAAGGCUUUCAGUUACAAUUCAAGCCUGUUGGUACAUCGGAGAAUCCACACUGGGGAAAAACCCUUUGAAUGCCAUGAGUGUGGAAGAGCUUUCAGUUCUAACAGAAAUCUCAUUGAACAUAAGAGAAUCCAUAGUGGUGAGAAACCCUAUGAGUGUAAUGAGUGUGGCAAAUGCUUCAUUCUGAAGAAAAGCCUUAUUGGACAUCAGAGGAUUCACACAAGGGAAAAAUCUUAUAAAUGCAGUGACUGUGGGAAAGUCUUUAGUUACCGCUCAAACCUCAUAGCCCAUCAAAGGAUCCACACUGGUGAGAAACCCUAUGCAUGCAAUGAGUGUGGGAAAGGCUUUACUUACAACAGAAACCUUAUUGAACAUCAAAGAAUUCACAGUGGGGAAAAAACCUACGAAUGUCAUAUAUGCAGAAAAGUCCUCACCUCUAGUAGAAAUCUUAUGGUCCAUCAGAGAAUCCACACUGGAGAGAAACCUUAUAAAUGUCAUGUGUGUGGAAAAGACUUCAGUCAGAAUAAAAACCUUGUUGUACAUCAGAGAAUGCACACUGGGGAAAAACCAUAUGAGUGUGAGAAGUGUAGAAAAUCUUUUACUUCUAAGAGGAAUUUAGUUGGCCACCAGAGAAUCCACACAGGGGAGAAACCAUAUGGGUGUAAUGAUUGUAACAAAGUUUUUAGGCAACGAAAAAACCUUUCUGUGCAUCAGAAAGUUCAUACAGUUGAAAACCUCUGUGAAUGUGAUGAGUCUGACAAAGAAUUCUCUCAAACUUCAAACCUUCAUCUUCAACAAAAAAUCCAUACCAUGGAAGAAUUCUCUUGGCUUCAAAAUGCCAAUGAGCUGAGUCCAAGUUAGAGAUUCAGAAAAUGUAGUGUCAUAUGUAAAAUGGAAUAGAAUUCCUGCCUAUAUAAGUAACUGUUGGAGAAAUGGCAAUAUAUGGUUCUUAAAAGAAUUUGUGAUUGCCUCUAUUAUAUUCAAGUGAGUUGCAUGUGAAAGAAGGUUAUUGUAGAUUUUCAAGAAUAGAAAAUCAAACCAAAUUCUAGUUAAAGUAUACAGUGGGGCCUUGACUUACGAGUGUCCCAACUAACGAAUUUUUCGAGUUACGAGCCGUCUCUCCGACGAUUUUUCGCUUUGAGUUGCGAGCUAAAAUUCGGAUUAUGAGCCAGCUUCAGAUACCCCACCGCUAGUUGGCGCAGUGAACGUCACAGUGAACGCCACAACAUCAUCCCAGCAUCACGUGUCUCACUCGUUCACUUUAAUGAUUUGACAUACGAGUAAUUUGAGUUACGAGCUCCGUCAUGGAAUGAAUUAAACUCAUAAGUCAAGGCCCCACUGUACUCUGUUCCAGACCAUUUGUUAUGACCCAGUAAGAGACGUUGGAUCAAUUGAGGACUCUGAAGAAAUUGGAUUUAUGUCUUAUGGGAUGUAAUGAUAUAAGUGGUAGCAAAAAUAUCUUUGUAUUAAAAAGUGGAAGUUUCUGAAAAUGUGUAUAUUAUACAUUUUAAAGAUAGAAUCACUGCUGCAGAAAGUCUGUAUGGACAAUAUGAUUGAGACAUGUCACACAUGGAGUUGGGUGAGCAAGAGCCUGCUGUUUGAGGAUAAUAUAAGAAGAGCACUGGAUUUGGAAUCAGAAGACCUAGGUUUAGGUCCUGGCCCUUUCUCUUACUACCAAUAUGUAAGUCAGCAUGUAAGCCUCAGUUUCUGUCAGUCAAAUAUUAACAUAAUGCCUACCUCACAGGAUUGUUAAGAGGAUUAAGUGAAAGAAUCUUUGUGAAAGUACUUUGUGAAGUAAUUUAGUUGUCAGUAAAGUUGGAUAAAAGGGUUAUUAUAGUCACAGUCUAGAACAUGGCAUAAUGUAAUAUUUGUUCAUUAAUUAAUAUUCACACUCUGUGAACCUCGAAAGGCAUUCAUUUUUAUAAUAAGAUGAAAUGUGGUAGAUAGCUAACUGGAAUUUAGCUCUCUAAGAAGACGUAAAAAAUACAGCUUUAAAAAUAUUUAAAGGGCCCUAGCAGGUUUGGUUCAGUGGAUAGAGCAUCAGCCUGCAGACCAAAGGGUCCCAAGUUCUAUUCUGGACAAGGGCACGUAUCUUGGUUGCAGGCUCCUCCCCCGCCUGGGCCCUGGUCAAGGCUUG